AUGCCUACCGACCCGAACCCCUGCCUCUUCCAGGCCUUCGAGUGGUACUCGCGAGACGACGGCCAGCACUGGCGGCGCCUGUCCCGCGACGCGCCCCGCCUCGCCGCCCUGGGCGUCACCACCCUGUGGAUCCCGCCCGCCGCCAAGGCCGCCUCGGGCGCCAGCAGCAACGGCUACGACGCCUACGACCUGUACGACCUCGGCGAGUUUGACCAGAGGGGCACCGCCCGCACCAAGUGGGGCACCAAGGCGGAGCUCGUCGAGCUAGCCGACGUCGCCGCCGCCCACGGCCUCGAUUUGCUGUUCGACGCGGUGCUGAACCACAAGGCCGGCGCCGACGGGACCGACCGCGUCAAGGCGAGGAGAGUCGACCCGGAAGACCGUCGCAAGUUUGUCGGCCCAACCGAGGAGGUGGCGGUCUGGACAAGGUUCGAGUCUCACGGCAGCGGGCCUGACUCCUUCCGUUGGUUUCAUUCCCACUUCACGGGGGUGGACUAUGACGACCUCACGCAAAAGAAGGGCAUCUGGCUACUCGAUGGCAAGACCUGGGCUGAUGAUGUCAGCACCGAGUUUGGCAACUUUGACUACCUCAUGUUUGCAGACAUUGACCACCACCACCCCGACGUGCGGCAGGAGCUUUUCCACUGGGCCGAGUGGCUGGACGGCGAGCUCCGGAUCGGAGGCCUGCGCCUCGACGCCGCAAAGCACUACUCGUGGCAAUUUGUGCGCGACAUGCUGGCCCACGUCGACGAGGCCAGGCGGAGAAGGCUGGGCGAUGGUGCAAAGCCAUGGCUCGUCGUCGCCGAGCACACGGGUGACGAGCGAGGGCCCAUGGAGAAAUAUCUCGACCUCUUGCAAGACCGCGUUUCCCUGUUUGACUUCCCGCUGCUGAUGAACUUCUGCCGGGCUUCGUACGAUCCCAACGUCGACUUGCGCAAGAUAUUUGCAGGCGCCUUGUGCGAGACAAGGCCGAAAAACGCCGUCACGUUUAUUAUGAACCAUGAUACUCAACCCGGCCAAGCAAUCGAAACGCCCAUCAGCCCAUGGUUCGUGCCGGCCGCCUACGCCCUCAUCCUCCUGCGCGCCGACGCCGGCCUCCCGUGCGUGUUCCACGCCCACCUGCACGGCUCCCGCGGCCCGUCCCGCGAAAACCCCUUUGCGCCCCCGGGGUCCCUCUCCCCGCCCCUGUGCGGCGGCGCCGUCCUCCCGCGCCUGAUGCUGGCCCGACGCCUGUACGCGUACGGGCCGCAGGUCGACUACUUUGACGACGCGGCCUGCGUCGGUUUCGUGCGCCUCGGCCACGCCGACCACGCCGCCGGCGCGGGGCUGGCGGUGCUCAUCAACGCGGGCUGGAAGGCCGCCGGCAAGCGGAUGCGCGUGGGGAGGCGGGCCGCGGAUGCGGGUGUAGGUCGGGGGGAUGAGCGCGAGGUGUGGACGGACCUGCUGGGUUGGAGCUGGGGGGAGCUGACGCCGGACGAGGAUGGUUGGGCGACGUUCCAUGUUGGCCCGCGGAGCGUCGCCGUGUGGGGUCCGAGGGACGCGCCGGGGAGGGAGCUGGUGGAUGGCGUUGAUGGUGGGAGCCCGCCUGCUGCGUCUGAUACGAGUUGA